AUGCAGCCGUUGCAUGCGGCGCUUCCAUGGCUCAGACACCGAGAAUUGUUUGUGUUUUCGCACUCUCUGCGUUGUCAGUUUCGAAGAAGUCAUCACAACUUGGGCAUUAGCACCAAGGCUUUCCGAAGCACGCGAAUUUCUCCCCGCUUCUUUUCACGGUGCAGAUCCAUGGCAACGCUGAAACCGCCUCUGGUAACGUCCCCCGGCUGGUCGGUUGUAGCCAGAUCGAGGUCCGUUUCUCUUAGCACUGGUAGAAAAAGUCGUUCUUUGAGCUCGGCUGCUAGCGGAAAGUUGUCUGCUCUGAUUCCUUCUGUCUCGUCGUCUCCUCUUGUUGAUUCUGCCGCUGUGCCAACAUCACAACAACCAGAGUUGCCUGCCACACCUGCAGGCGGCAAGGACUUGGCUACUUCAUGUUCACCUCUCCACGCUUUGCCGCAGCCGUCUUCUUGCCAGUCUGCGGUUCGGGGAAACCUUUUCAGGAACUCUGCUUUUGCUCACUCGUCACACGCUGGAGCAAACGCUGUUUCGGAGUCGAAGCUCCCUAAUCUAUUCCGAGCUGGAGUUUUAGCCACGUCGCUUCAGUCGACAGGUGGUUUUUCAACGAAAAAGGCUCGCGAUUUGUCUCGGAUUGUUCGUCCAGAGGCUGGCGUCGAGGCAAGGUCGCACGAAGGGCGCCCAGCCGGCUUGGUUUCUGUCGGUUUUCGCGCUUUUCCCGUGACUCGCGCGGCCACGCAGCACUCCACGUUUUCCAGGGCGCUUCGAACCUCCAGAUCGUUCUCUUAUCUAUCCCUGUUGCCUUCUCACUCGUGUGUUUCAUGGAGUGAGCAACUUGUCUGCGGAAAGGAAGUCCCGUCCUCCGUUGCUUGCCUCCACUCUGCCGCCGAAACGGGCAGCUCGCGUCCCGCCGUUACCCCCAACCGUUCCAGCAUUGUAAUGCAACCUUUCCGAUCUGCAGAAGUCUUCCAGUUUUUAAGGAAAUACAUCCCGCCCUAUCAAGAAAAGCUCUGCAAGCAAAUUGCGGUUUCUGGAAUGUCAGACUCAGGAGGAUCCCGGAGGAGUUUGGACGCUCAAACUGCGAGUUAUUAUCCCGGACCUGCGGUCUCCCAAGACACUCCGAAAGACCACUCUUCCAUAAAGGUCACAUCUUUUGGGGUUUUCCCCCUUUUUCGGCUCUCCUUCCCGCGUCUGUCGCCGAAAAAAAAAGGCGCUGCUGCAGCUGCCGCACAGAAAACGCAGACGAAGGGGCCCGCAGCCGGCAGCGGCCCAGCUGGUGCCGACCACGUCUUCAACAUUUUCAAGGAUCUUCCGGACCACAAAAUUCUUGAAGACAAACAUUACCCUGCGUGGCUCUUCACUCUUGACAAACCCGAGAAAACCUACGGCGAACUGGCCAUGACCUUCCUCUACGGCGUGGGUAUUGAAAAUGCGACGUUGGACGAGUACCUGCGGUUUACGCGGCUGCACACGAAGAACCUAAUCAAACUGAACAACAUGCGCCUGAAGAAAUCCAAACGGAGCUCUGUGAAGCCGCUUUUCUGGGAUGCCUAGUAGAAAUCCCACUGCGCCUUGGCAGAAUUUGAGCUGAUACCCCGUGGAACAACUUUUCAAAUCCCCAUUUCGAUUUUUGACGGACUGGCACUCAAAUUCCGACCAAGGAAGGGAUGAACCGAAACAUUUUGCCCACGUAGCAGUUCUCUUUUUCUCCACAAAAUGCGGAUGUGCUGACCGGCUGCGCUGGGCGGCAUGCGUUACACCGAUCCCAGUAUUCUACGCGGAUUUCUUGCAUAUCUUCUGAGUAAGGUUGGCCGCAUAAAAAAGGUAAAUGCCGUCUUUGCACCAAUCUUUGUUGAGGGUGAAAAAGCGUUCUUUCAAGACCUAACCCCAUCGCAGAGCGCAUCUCCCACGUGCGCCUCCAAACGAUCUUACUACCUGUAAGGGAU